AUGGCCGCACAACAAUCAUACUACGAGCUCUACCGUGGGAGCAGCCUUGGCCUUUCCCUAACGGAUACCCUGGAUGAUUUGAUCAACGAGGGCCGCAUUGAGCCUCAGCUGGCGAUGAAGAUCCUGUCCACCUUUGACAAGGUGGUCACCGAGGUUCUAGCCGAGAAGGUCCGGGCCCGGCUCACGUUCAAGGGCCACCUUGAUACGUACCGAUUCUGCGAUGAAGUGUGGACAUUCCUGAUCAAAGAUGUCACCUUCAAGUUGGACAACCAGACCACCAUUUCCGCGGACCGGGUGAAGAUCGUGAGCUGCAACAGCAAGCGACCGGGUGAGACAUAG